CUAAAAUGUAUUUUUAAAGUCACCAACAGCUGGCGCAGUCAGAUAUCGGACGUCUAGCGACUGGCAGAUCUGACUGAACCUUUGUUAUAUUUCGACAACUUCAGUACUGUAGUACUGUAAUGUAUUAUUGAGGACAUUUGAAUAAAGAAAUAUCCUGUACAACCUGCAUAGAAAUCAACAACUACCACAUGAAAUACCAUGGAAAAGCUGCCUUUUAGGUCAGGCAGAAGAGGGACUCAUAAUGGUCAAAAUGAAAAUGGACAACAUGAAAAUGGACAUGGACAAAGAGGACGAGGACGAGGAAGGUUGCAGGGAGACAGAGUGAGAGAGCAAGAGGUCAGAAGAAGAGCACAAAGUCAGGAGCACAGUCAAAGAGAUGCAGACAGACAGAGAGGUGGCGCGAGAGGAGGAGCGAGAGGAGGAGGGAGAGGUGGUCAUAGAGGGGGAGGUGCUGAAAGGCUGAGAUUUGGAGGAGGCAGAAAUGAACAGCCAGGUGGUGCUGAAAGACAAGUAAUGAGAGCAGGGGCAGAAGGAACUGGUGCAAGGAGAGGAGGACACAAUGGAGACAGAAGGGAAGGCAGAGAUGGGACAGAUCCAAGUCCCCGUAAACUGGGUUAUAAAACACUGGAAGACCUCUCCAAACAGGAACCCUCUGUUGUGGCCAUUACGCUCUCCUCAAAUCCUGGCUUUCGAGCGCUGCUUGGUGAGACACCAAUGAGACCAGACCUUGUCCAACUUAUCUGCUUGGUGGUGAGCAAAGCCUUCACUUCAAGGACAGACAGAGGCACCCUGCAGCACCUGGCUAACAUCAUAAAAGAGUCAAAGUUCUUAAGCAUCACCCUGCUUCACUAUGUGGGAGGCAUGAUGUCUGACUCCAACCAGACCCGCAGAGCACAAUUCCCACAGCAUCUGGAAUACAUCACAGCCAUUCUUUUAGAGGUGCUUAGUAUCUUCCCCGCAAGCUCUGUCAAUACAGUGAAUAUGUUAGUGACUUUGCUCCAAGCCUCUAUAAACACCCUGAGGGCAUCAGGUGUAGACUUCCUGCCUAAAGUAGAGGAAAAAAUGGAAACUCUCACGGGUCUAAUAGCUCAUCUCCAGGAGAAAUCGAGGGAAGGUACCCUCCGUACAGACAAGGACACUUAUGGUCUUCUGACUAAUGUUGAUGAUAACGAAGGUGAAGAACAGGAAGAUUUCAGAAACAUACCACUCUACCCAACUCCUGAGGAGUUCCAUCAGAACCACAAACCAUUUCUCAGACAAAACCUUACUUCCCGAAGAUACACAAACACCCACCUUUACCUUGAUACACACUUCCGGCUGCUUAGGGAGGACUUUGUGCGACCGCUUCGUGAGGGAAUUCAACAGUUGCUCCAGGACCAGAUGGCCAUGGGAAGGAACGAUAACCCAUUGAAGAAGAAGCGCUUUGAUGACAUUCGUGUGUAUUUUUCCACAUAUCUGGUGGUGCCCAAGUGCACACACACUGGUCUUGCCUACAUUGUCCAGUUUGAUGUUCAGCCACUUAAGUUUGUGCGAUGGCAGAACUCUAAGAGGCUGCUCUUUGGUUCCCUGGUCUGUCUGUCAUAUGACAACUUUGAGAGCUUCUUGUUUGCCACAGUGUCUGAUCGGGAUCCAAAAUACUUGGAGAAAGGGCAGGUCCAGAUUACCUUUACAGAGGAAAGUAGGGUGAAGUUGGCCAGAAUACAGAAAAAUCAGUUGUUUCUGAUGGUUGAGACGACUGCAUACUUUGAGGCUUAUCGAUAUGUUUUGGAAGGCUUAAAGGAGCAAACUGAGGAUGAUUUGCCCUUUCAGAGAUACAUUGUGGAGUGUUCCACUGAUGUGCUACCACCAGCAUACCUACGAAGACGGGAUGUUUAUGACCUCUCAGAUGUUGCCAAACCUGAACACAAAAACAGCAUAAGGCCCUUUAACAGCCUGGAUGUAGAUGCCUGGCCUGACAUGGAAGAAUUGGGCUUGGAUGAAUCUCAGAUGAAAGCCUUUCAGCUUGCCCUCACCAAGGAAUUGGCAAUCAUACAAGGACCACCCGGCACUGGAAAAACCUAUGUUGGGCUAAAGAUUGCUCAGGCUCUGUUGACCAAUAAGGAUCUGUGGAACAACACCAAUUCAGCUCCAAUGCUGGUUGUAUGCUAUACUAAUCAUGCUCUGGAUCAGUUCCUAGAAGGAAUUCACAAAUUUCUGAAGAAUGGCAUUGUGCGAGUAGGAGGUCGCAGCAACAGCGAGAUUCUGAAACAGUUCAAUCUGCGUCAGCUGACCCACUCACAGCAUUUCAAACGCACUCUACCGACACACCUUCGUACUGCAUACAAUCAGAUCUAUCGGCAACUGUGUGACGAGGAAAGGGCAAUCAAAAGCCAAAGCUUGAAGUUAGAGUGUUCUCUCAAAGGUGUGAUGCGUGAAACCUUCCUCCAGAGAUUUAUGUUAGAAAGACAUUGGAUGAAUCUCAACUCCCCCCCUAUGGAGGAUGGCUUUGAGAUAAAAAAAAAACCCAAUCUGAUGAUGGAGUGGUUGGGUUUGGGAUCGACUCCCUUCCAGCAGAGGGAGUCGGAGACUGCAAAUGGAAACGAAGCAGAGGAAGCAAUGGAGGAGGAAGAAGACCUCAUUGAAAUUGAAGAGGAGGCUGAGUUGAUCCAAGCAGAGCGGAUGAUUGAAGAUGGCUGGACAAUUGGUCCCAGAGCUGGCAGAGAUGACAAAAAGAAAAGGAACAUGGAGGAGGAUGUCAGGAAAGUGGAAGAACUGAUGCUGGCUAUGAACCUGGACAACGUUGACACAAGGGCUGAGCAGAAUGAAAAAGUCUGGGAGGUGCAAAAGCACCAAAGGAAAAAGAUGAAGCAAAAAGUCAGACACGAGCUUGGGCUGAGCUCGGAUAUGACUGACCAGCAGGAGGAGAAUGUUUUUGACGUUUGGAGUCUUAAUCUGAAAGACAGAUGGAGACUUUACCGGUUGUGGGUUUCGCGCUACAGAAUAGAGGUCCGUACCAAAGCCCUGGAGUCUGAGGAGGCAUAUCAAAACGCAGUGGACAGAAUGGCUGAUGUUAAACGACAGGAGAACCUUCAUGUCCUCAGGGAAGCAACGGUUAUUGGCAUGACAACAACUGGGGCAGCCAAGUUCCGUAAAGCUCUGCAGGAAGUACGUCCGUGUCUUGUGAUUGUUGAAGAGGCUGCAGAGGUUCUGGAAGCCCACACCAUCACUACACUGAGCAGAGCCUGCCAACACCUCAUCCUCAUUGGAGACCACCAGCAGCUGAGACCCAGUGCCACAGUUUUUGAGCUUGCUAAAAACUUCAACCUGGAAAUGUCCAUGUUUGAGAGGCUGGUGAACAUGGAACUGCCUUUUGUGAGACUUAACUAUCAGCAUCGUAUGAGGCCGGAUAUUGCUCGUCUUCUGACCCCACACAUUUACUCUGCAUUGGAAAACCAUCCCUCUGUAUUUGAGUAUGAAAACAUCAAGGGCCUGAACACAAAUCUAUUCUUUUUGGAACACAACCACCUAGAGGAAGAGAUCAAAGAUGGAAAAAGCCAUCAGAAUACUCAUGAGGCAAAGUUUGUUGUUGCUCUGUGCCAGUACCUCCUCCUCCAAGAGUACAAACCAGAACAAAUUACAAUACUUACAACCUAUACUGGCCAGCUUCACUGCUUGCGGAAACAAAUGCCUGCCAGUGUCUUCUCCGGGGUCAAAGUACAUGUGGUAGACAAGUAUCAGGGCGAAGAAAAUGACAUUAUUUUGUUGUCUCUUGUACGUAGCAACCCGCAAGGAAAAGUUGGUUUUUUGAACAUUCCCAAUCGGGUCUGUGUAGCUUUGUCACGUGCUAAGAAAGGACUUUACUGUAUUGGCAACAGUGGGAUCCUUAGCACGGUUAAACUGUGGAGCAACAUCUUCCACACCUUGAGGGAGAAGGAGCAGGUUGGAAGAGCUCUGACGCUGUGUUGCCAGAAUCAUCCAAAUCGACAGAUCAAGGCUUCCAAAGCGGAUGAUUUCAAUGAUGCACCUGAGGGGGGAUGCACCCAACCUUGCGAGUUUCGUUUGGAUUGUGGCCAUGUUUGUACUAGAGCCUGUCAUCCUUAUGACCCAGACCACAAGGAGUUUAACUGUACCAAGAAGUGUGAGAAGAUCUUAUGUAAUGAGGGACACAAGUGCACACUUACAUGUCAUGAAAUAUGUCCAAAGAAAUGUCCGGUGAAGGUUGAGAAGAUCAUACCUCAGUGUCAGCACACACAAAUGGUUCCUUGCCACCAGGAUCCAGGGACAUUUAUAUGUGGGGAGCCUUGCAUGAAGCUGCUUCCCUGUGGACAUCGCUGCGAUUCAGUCUGCGGACGCUCUUGCAGCACUAGGUGCAUAGUGACAGUCACAUUAAAGCUUCGUUGUGGACACAACCAGCAAGGACCAUGCUUUUACAAAACAAGCACAGAGCAGCCUGAAUGUAAGGUGCCAUGUAAGCACCAGUUAAAAUGUGGACAUGACUGUCACGGUACGUGUAGCAAGUGUUACCAGGGGCGCUAUCACGCCCCCUGCCCUCAACGAUGUGAACGUCUUCUGAUCUGCUCUCACAAGUGUACAGAACCCUGUACCCGUGAUUGCCCACCCUGUCGGAAACCCUGUGAGAACUGCUGUGUUCACAGUAAGUGUAAGAGGGAGUGUGGCCAAUCAUGUGCUCCUUGCAUUGAGCCCUGUAACUGGCAAUGCCCUCACCAAAGCUGCAGUAAGCUUUGCCACGAGCCAUGCGAUCGCCCACCAUGCACUGAACCUUGUAGAAAGACCCUAGAUUGUGGCCACCCAUGCAUUGGUCUUUGCGGAGACAAAUGCCCAACCAAAUGUCGCUUUUGCGACCAUGAUGACGUCUUAGAGAUUUUCUUUGGCACUGAAGAUGAACCCGAUGCUCGUUUUAUUCAGCUCGAGGACUGCGGACACAUCUUUGAAUCCACAGCUAUGGACCAGUGGAUGUCUGAAGUCAACCAAGGACCUGAAGAACAGCAGGUAGCAAUAAAGCUAAAAGAAUGUCCCAGGUGUAAAACUCCAAUACGUAAGAAUCUGCGCUAUGGAUCACAUGUCAACCGCAGUCUGGCUGAGAUAGAGAUGGUAAAGAAGAAGAUAAAUGGAAGAGAGUCUGAUAUUGUGGAACAAAGAAAGAUUCUUAAAAAUCAGUGGGUUGAAAAUCAGAAAAUUUGUCAAAUAUAUAUACCAAAGGAGGAUAAUGAGAUCCAAGCAAAACUUGAAAAAACUUACCUCACGGCAAGUGAUCUGUGGAUCCUGGAGAACAAGAUUGAUUUUCUGAUAAGAGUUGCGAAACUUCUAAAAGUUCGAAACAAAAAAAUGUUAUUCACAGAUGGUUACAAGUUUCGACAGGGUGUCAAUCAGUUCAUGUCGUGGCUCAAUAACACAAGCCAAAAAUUCACAGAUCAACAAGUCUUUGAUUUGCAGAGAGAGCUACAGAGACUCAACUUACUGGCUGAACUCAAUGUCCGCUGUCACAUUGCAGAUACAAAAGACCAGAUGAGGAAAAUGCAGUCUGAAGUUCAAGAAAUCAGACAUGCUUUGGAAAUGCCUGGCCAGUUCACUGAUCAAGAUCAGCUAAAUGUGAAAGAAGCCCUGAAGAGUCUGGAUGAAAAAUUUCCAGCCACAGGCUUAGGGAUCAGUGAGGAAGAGCGAAAGAUGAUUGUCUCAGCAAUGCGAAUGCCUCCGGGCCACUGGCACAAAUGUCCCAAUGGCCAUGUCUAUGUCAUUACAGAGUGUGGAGGAGCUAAUCAGAGAGCAAAAUGUCCUGACUGCAAAGCAUCUAUUGGUGGAGAAAACCAUACAUUGGACAGUGGCAACAGAGUUGCCACAGAAAUGGAUGGAUCCCAGCAUAGUGCCUGGUCUGAAGCUAAUAAUCUUCUGAACUUUGACCCACAUGACUUCUAAAAAGCAGUGUCACAAACUUCACAUAUUGUAUUUGCUCACAUGAGAAAAACUUUUUAAUACUUGUAUUAAGAUCAAUGUUAGAUAAGGUAAUAAAUAGUCUUCACAAAAGUCAAUGAAUAAUUCACAAUCUAGCAUUAUUCUUGCAUGAAAUUUAUUUCUGAAAAAAACAUGUCUUUAGGUUUUAAUUUUUUUGCAUGUUUUAAAAUGAUGAGAAAUGCAUGGGGUAGCAUUUUAACAUUUGCUCCUGCAAAAUCAUAAGUUGUUUUGUUUUAAGAAUAUGCAUUUAUAUAAGUUGCUUUACAAGAGAUGAAUGAAACAUUUAAUGCGGGAGUGUAAAGGAUGAUUUUUAUUAUGUCAGUAACAUCUGUCAUGUACCCAAACAAUAGGUGGCAGCAGAAUACUGUACAACAAAAAAUGUAUACAUAGAAAAGUUGUUAAGCAUGUUUGUUCAUAUAAAAUAAAAUAAAAAAUUGAUUCAUGUAAUUUGUGCUUUCUUUUCUAUGUAUUAUGUUCUUGAAUAAAAAUUAUUUUCUGA